AUGAAGAACGCCGUUGUUGCGAAAGGGCCAAAGGUCACCAUCAAUGAUGUUCCCGUUCCGAAACCAAAAGCCGGACAAGUUUUGAUCAAAGUCGUCUAUUCGGGCUCCAAUCCAAAGGACUGGAAGCUACCGGAGUACCGUGAGCCUCACAACUCUGGUGACGAUAUUGCGGGUAUUGUCGAGGCUGUUGGCGAUGAUGUGAUUGAGUUCCAUAAAGGGGACCGCGUGGCAGCCUUUCAUGAAAUGAUGGAACCCUCGGGUAGUUUUGCUGAGUAUGCAAUUGCUGAAGACUAUACUACUUUCCAUCUCCCAAAGAAGACUUCCUUCGAAGAGGGAGCUUCCAUUCCACUUGCCGCAAUGACGGCGGCUGUAGGUCUUUACCAGCGACUUGGCCUACCGGAUCCAUGGAAGCCCACGACAACUCCAACACCAUUGAUCGUGUACGGAGCAUCUGGGGCUGUGGGUGCCUAUGCAAUCAAACUUGCUCAACUUUCAAACAUCCAUCCCAUCAUCGCUAUUGCAGGUCGUGCCCAAGACUUUGUCGAGCAGCUUAUCACAAGAGAGAAAGGCGAUACCAUCAUCGACUAUCGCAAGGGAGACGAAGCCAUCGUCUCAGGGAUCAAGGAUGCGUUGACGAAGGCUGGUGCUAGGGAAGUGAAGUAUGCGUUCGAUGCCGUGAGCGAGCACAACAGCUUCCAAAACAUCAGCCAAGUUCUGGCAAAGCAAGGCAGCAAGAUUACUCUUGUACUGCCAGGCAGGGACUACAGCGCCAUCCCAGACUAUAUCGAGAAGUCUACCACGAAUGUCGGAAGCGUUCACAUGGCGCCGUCUGAGGAGCAGGCGAAGCUUGGUAUUAAGACUGGAGGUAAGGAGUUCGGUCAUGCUUACUUCAAGCUAUUCACUAGAGGGUUGCAGGAGGGUUGGUUUACUGCUCACCCACAUGAGGUUGUCCCGGGCGGGUUGAAUGGUCUUGAGAAGGGACUUUCAAACUUGAAGAACGGAGUCAACAGUGGUACCAAAUACGUCUUUAAGAUCGAGGAUACGAACUCGUCACUCAGAGAAGAAGAUGAAGAUCAUAAAACCUUCCUGGCUCUUGCACGGCGUUGCCAUGUUUCACCCGAUGGAAGUAGGCUGGCUACAGCUGCGGGAGAUUGCCAUGUUCGGAUUUGGUCGAUUGAAGCUAUCCUCCAAGCCGGAGACAUCAGCUACGAGAAGCCCAAGCAAUUGUGCCAUAUGAACCACCAUUCAGGUACCAUCCACACAGUCAGAUUCUCUCCGAAUGGGCGCUGGCUGGCUUCUGGGGCAGAUGACAAGAUCAUUUGCAUCUACGCCAUCGACCCAAACCCUCCAGCACUUGCUUUUGGAAGCAAUGAGCCUCCGCCGGUAGAAAACUGGAAGAUCCAGAAGCGCCUGAUCGGCCACGACAACGACGUGCAAGAUCUAGGCUGGGCAUACGAUUCGUCGAUUCUGGUGUCCGUCGGGUUGGACUCAAAAAUCGUAGUCUGGUCUGGACAUACUUUUGAGAAGCUGAAGACUCUGUCGGUCCACCAAAGUCACGUCAAGGGUAUCACUUUCGAUCCCGCGAACAAGUAUUUUGCUACGGCCAGCGACGAUAGAACCAUCAAGCUCUUCCGUUUUACACCACCUCUGCCAAGUGCCACCUCCUACGAUUCUAUCAACAACUUCGUCCUCGAGCAUACGAUCGUAAGCCCAUUCACCUCCUCACCCCUCAGCACAUAUUUCCGCAGAUGUUCUUGGUCGCCCGAUGGAAACCACAUCGCGGCAGCAAAUGCGGUCAAUGGGCCAGUGAGCUCCGUAGCCAUCAUCAACCGAGGAGCCUGGGAUAGCGAUAUCAAUUUGAUUGGACACGAGGGUCCCACGGAAGUCUGCACCUUUUCUCCGCGAUUGUUCAGCAAGAGCGAGAUCAGUGCAGAAACUACAGAUAACAGCGGUUACAGCACCCAGCCUCUGGUCACGGUAAUUGCCUGUGCUGGCCAAGAUAAGACUUUGAGCAUCUGGAACACCAGCUCCUCUAGACCCGUUGUCGUGCUCCAGGAUCUAGCUGGCAAGUCCAUCUCGGACCUUGCCUGGACUCCUGACGGAAACACCAUCUUCGCAAGCAGCUUGGACGGAAGCAUAGUCGCACUGGAGUUCGAGAGAGGUGAACUUGGGUACAUUGCACCAUGGUCAGAAAAUGAAAAGGCACUGCAAAAAUUCGGGGCAGGGCGAAGGGGUGUCGGUGUUGUUGAAGAUGUCGCGGGCCUGCGUCUUGAGGAGAAAAGCAAAGUGGGCGAACGCCAAAGAACCGAGGGAAGAAUGGGUGCUCUGAUGGGGGACUCUGGCUCGAAUGACGCUCCUACGCCCAAUGGGAACGCCGGAUCACCGAUGCUCGGUGUCACUUCCACACCACCAGUCACGAAUGGGCCCCCAGUCACAAACGGUCGUCCUGCUCAAGAGUCCCCGACAGCCGCAGCACCUACUCCACCAGUCGAUCCUAAUGCUGCAAAGAUUGAGGCUAUGAAGUCACGGGUAACAAUCACCAAAGAUGGCAAAAAGCGCGUAGCUCCACUUCUGAUCUCUUCUUCAGGAACAGGUCUCUCCUCCCUCCCCCAGUCACAACUAAUGGCUGCGAACUCGAACGGCGCCCAGAACGAUGCACCGCAAUCGAUUCUGGAUCUUUCGAAGCCGUACGAUGGCCUUCCACGCGGUGGACUCGCAGCGAUGCUUCUAGGCAACAAGCGAAAGGCUGUAGCAGCUAUUGAUGGGGAGGAGCAAGAAGAACAUGUAAAUAAACGACCAACACUAGGAUCUGGACCAACCUCGAUUAUGGUUAACGGAAUCAACGGCGUAGAGCCAGCAUCGGCAGCCCCGCCAGUCACCGGCAUGUUACCAACGCCUGAGUUUCUCCGCCCAGCUGUCAUAAACCCUGCGAUUUCCAUUAGUCAAGUUCGUCUAUCCGUUCCCAAAGUUAGAACUCACAUAUUGAGGUCCUUGGGUCGCGGCAUCCUCCCUCCGUCAAAACCGUCCGGCACAAAUGGCACAAAUGGAACAAGCGGGGCCGAAGAGUCAGCAGCAGCCACCGAAGACAUCAUCCUAGAGGCACUGAACCCUGUGACCGUGGUAGGCCAAGUAAGAGACCCUUCCAAGAUCAGUGCAUCCAAGAGAGGUGUGAUGAUUUGGCACGACUAUCUUCCUAGAGCUGUCAUCCUCGUCACUGGUAAUAAGAACUUCUGGGCAGCAGCAUGUGAAGAUGGAAGCAUUUACAGCUGGAGUCCUGCAGGCCGAAGAACGUUGAAUGCAUUGGUACUGGAAGCACAGCCAGUUAUCUUUGAAUGUCGAGGAUGGUGGCUGCUCUGUAUCACAGCGGUGGGAAUGUGCUACGUCUGGAAUCUCAAGAAUCUUUCCUCUCCUCAUCCGCCAGUCUCUCUCGCUCCAAUUCUCGAAAUUGCGAUGCACUCCUUGGGAGUCCAUACAACAAGCGCCCCAGGCGUUACCUCAGCUCAUCUUAAUUCAACCGGUCAUAUCAUUGUCACACUCAGUAAUGGUGACGGCUACCUCUACUCCCCUAAAAUGUAUGUCUGGCAAAGACUUUCGGAAGCUUGGUGGGCUGUCGGCAGUCAAUAUUGGAAUUCCAACGACUCGUCGAUCAGCAGUUUGCAAUCUUCGGGAGUUGGGCCAGACAAUAAGCGGGACGGUGAAGUUGAUGCAGCCAAUGUAUCUGCUGGCAUCAUUCCUCAUCUCGAGCGACAUACAACCAACGAGGUUCUCCUCAAGGGACGAGCCUACACCCUGCAAAGGCUUGUCAAGACUCUGUUAUCCAAGGAAGGCUUUGAGGGCUUCGAGUCCGGAGUCAGUAUCGCCCAUCUCGAGAAUAGGGUUGCGGCUGCUAUGCAAUUAGAUGCCAAGGAGGAGUUCCGAAUCUACCUGUUCAUGUACGCCAAGCGGCUCGGUGCUGAGGGGCUCAAAGCCAAGGUCGAAGAGCUUCUCAGAAGCAUCAUGGGUGGUAUCCUGCAGGAGGUCGACGAUGCACAAGAUGAGACCGAGAAGCUAUGUGGCUGGGAUAGAAAGGAACUCUUGAAGGAGGUUGUAUUAAUAUUAGGUAAAUUCCGCGAGCUGCAGCGGCUGACUGUGCAAUAUGCAAGAGUUCUUGGGAUGGAUGAGGACGAAAAUGGAGCUCGUCCAGCAAUCGCUCAGAUCGCUCACUGCCCUAUACACCCAUCCGCUCCGCAUCCACCAACAGCAGCUGGUCUUCUUUUCGCUCCCUUCCGUCCUCGAACAAGUCCAACUCCGCCAGCACAGAUUCAUCAGCCUUCUGGAGAACACCUCCCAAAACGUGGAGAUUCAAAGUCCGAUUCUGGACCUCGUCGACUCCCGGCUAUGCAUUUGUGCGCCACUACACAUGGUACCGCAUGUUCCGGCUUUUGGCGCGAGCAGGCGGCCGAGAGCGGCUUUGAUCAGCCUGGUGAGGAACUCGGAGUUGAAGGGUAUGGUGCAGAGCAUGCAGCAGCUGGAGUACAGGUGGAACAGGAAGUACCAGAGUUCAAGGCGGCUACGAGGAAUAUGACUUCGGCAAACUGCUACUAUGAGGUUGUUCCAAAAGAACACUGGUCACUGCCAGACUGGAUCGACGAGAGCCGAUUCAUGAACAGUCUUGAGUAUCUAGGAACUAUUGGCGUUGGUAAGGGCUGGAUGGUGAGCUACCAUCACAUGUGUCGGUGGAACAGUGGGUUCUUCUAUAAGCAUCCAUUUCUCGGAAACUUUGACUGGUAUUGGAGGAUCGAGCCAGAUGUUCACUUCUUCUGCGACAUCGACUACGAUGUGUUCCGCUUCAUGCGUGACAACAAGCUUAAAUACGGCUUCAAUAUCAACAUUCUUGACGAUGCUCGUUCGUUCCCUUCACUCUGGGCACGUACUCGGGCCUUUGCAGCCGCACACGCAAAUCUCAUCCACCCCGAAGCAGACCUAGACUGGCUUCUGGAUCCCGAGAACGGUGGAGAAUACAACAACUGCCAAUUCUUCUCCAACUUCGAGAUUGGUUCUCUGGAUUUCUGGCGUGGCGGAGCCAACGAAGCGUACUUUAACUGGCUGGAUAAGGCUGGUGGAUUCUACUACGAGCGCUUUGGUGACGCCCCAGUUCAUACCCUCAGCGUGGCCAUGUUCCUACCGAAGAGUGAAGUGUGGUUCUUCAGAGAUAUUGGAUAUCAGCAUGAUAUCAACCAUCAUUGCCCGCCGCACCGCGAGGGGAAGUGCAGCUGCGAACCGACGAGGAUGGAUGCCAAUUUUUACAAACUAGUUCCGCUUGAGAGUCCACAGAAGAAGCCGGCGGAUACUUGCAUCAGGCAAUUUCUUGGGGGUGAGUAUCUGAAGAAGAUUGAGGGGUGGACGAUGGCUGGCGAGAAGGCUUUUGGAGGGGAUGGGUAUCAUGGGUAUCAGGUUCUGGGAGAUGAAUAA